AUGGACCUGGAAGAGAAGAAAAUUGUCAUAGUACCUAAUGUUCUUCUGUUUAUUCCUGGCCCUGAUGUUUUGGCACUUAUCACUAAUGAAGACCCUUCUGCUGGAUUAACGCCUUUGUGCAAAGAUAAGUAUUUCAGGACACUCUCCUUUAAUGUAUCUGAACCUCUUGGAAACCCCCCCUGGACCUCAGUUUACCCAAGGAACAAUGUCAAAUUAAAUGUCAAGAACACCCUGAUUUGUCUGGUUUCUGGAUUCUUCCCUCCACCUGUCAGAGUCUCGUGGACCAAGAACAAUGUGAAUGUGACAGAUGAAUCAACUCUCAGCAGAUAUUACCCCAACAAAAAUGGGACACUGAAUGUUUUUUCUCGACUCAGCUUCAUUCCAGAGGAAGGAGACAUUUACAGCUGUUCUGUGGAGCACAAAGCCCUUCAACAACCUCAAACCAGAGUAUGGGAUGUGGAGAUAACAGAGCCCAGCAUUGGUCCAUCAGUGUUCUGUGGAGUUGGCCUGGCUCUUGGGCUGCUGGGUCUCACCACUGGAGCAGUUUUUAUUGCCAAAGGAAAAAAAUGGAUAUAAUUAUACUGACACAAGACACUAACAAUGCCAUAUUUGUUGUUAGUUCUGUCGUCAUGUACAGAUCGCAUGUUAAUUUGCUUUGCAAAACCUGCUGUGGAAUACACACUAUUGGAAAGGAUUGCAUCAUACAUCAGAAAUUAUUGCAAUAUAUGUCUGCUAUUCCUCUGUUGGAUAAAUAAGAUAUGAAAUGGAUGUUUUAGGAGAAUUUAUUUUAUGUAAGUCCACAGGGCAAAAGGUUAAGGCCUAUUUGUUGUUAAAGAAACACACAAAAUGAAUUGCGAACAGAUCAAUUUACACAUCACAUCUGCUAAGGUCAGAUGAGUAUUAACAAGUGUUGUAUGGAUCAGAAGGCAAAUGAUUUCUCUUUAAACACAUGCCACACUUUUUGACAGCAUUAUUAAAUAUGUUUUGCUGAAUGUAAAAAAAUAUGUUUUCGUACAGUUGUCCUUUCAUGGUCAUGUUGAUGAGAGAAGAAUGCCUAUUCACAGAUUAGCAGCAGAAAUUGUUUGUUGUGUUUGAUGCCUCAGCUCUGAUAUAACUCAAUUUUUAAUUUGUUUUAAUAAAAAAAUAAAA